AAUUGCUGUAUGUGGACUCGCCCUCAAAGAAAGCCAAUCCUGAUCUGGACUCCGCCCCACCGCGAUGCCCACAGCCAGUAAGGAGGGAGGAACCUGCAGUUUCAGAGGCACCUCCUCACGAUGAAGUGGCCCAGCCUACACCACUCCAUCCCAACCUGUCAGAACUGAGCCACCAACCCCCACCGAACUAUGCUCCAGCCGUCCUAUCUUCACCGGUGGUGUUACACACAAGAUCCCAAGUGAAUGGACCAACAACACUGCUGCCUGAGGGCUUCAGACCAACAAAAUCGGACAUAGAAGGGACAGUGCACGCCGUGGUAAAUACCCCAAUGCUAGAAGUGGCCAGAGAAGGAGGCCCUAUGCUAGUUCACAGACCCUGGACAUUGGAAGACAUCAGGAGCAGCAUGACACAUCUGCCGGUGCUCCACGAAGUAGGAGGACGAAAGUUUGGGGAUGAAAUUCAGAUAUUCUGCAGGGAAUUCAGACCCACCACUCAUGAACUACGACGACUGCUCAUGGCAAAACUUGUUACGGACUGGGUCAAAGUUUCACGUGAAUUCCCAGAGGAUGUUGUCCACCUGAUCAACCCACAGUGGGAUAAUGGAGUCAGGUACAGAGCACAAAUCAUGGCGCUCCAGCAGAGGCUGAUGAACACCUUUCCUGUGCGACUGGACAUGACAAAAACAGCGAUGUGUAAACAACAAGACUCAGAGACUGUAUCACAGUACCUGUCCCGGCUCACUGAGAUCCAUGACACAAACUCAGGCUUGGAGAAACCUGACGCUCUGGCAGAUGGGCAGGCGGCCGUCACAGCAUGGGAGGCACAUCUCAGAAACAGAUUUAUGAUUGGCAUGAAACCAGAAAUUGCUGCUAUAGUCAAACAACAAUGUAUCACCUGGGACACCAGAAACCUCACACCUUUCCACCCAAUGGUGGCUGCACCAUAACACUAUACUACUAGACAUGCAGAAUGUCCCUAUAAAACGAUGUACUGUCCUUAACCCUGCUACUCUUCUUCCAACACAGGGAGACGGGGAACUACAUGACUGUGUUGUAAUAACUAACAAACUCUGCUCUCCUAGAGAGCAGAGUUGUGUCUCCUAGAGAGCAGAGUAAGUUUCAUGACCUGAAAGAUGUUCUAUUGGAAAACUCACAUCUGAUCCUUUUUGUGGACGGGUUAGCGUCACGUGACCCAGAGACAGGUAAAAAUCGAGUGGGCUAUGCAGUAGUGACCUUACACGAGAUGGUCUGUCAGGAAGUCUCCCCUCAAACCUUUCAGCACAAGCAGCUGAACUGUAUGCCCUCAUAGAGGCAUGAAGCCAUGCUGAGGAACAGUCAGUAAAUAUCUACAUAGAUAGUCGAUAUGCCUUUGAGGUUGUACAUGAUUUGGGGACAAUUUGGAAAUACAGGAACUCCUGUCUCCUUAGGUAAUGCGCGAGCGGACCAUGCAGCAAAACAAGCAGCAGUAGCAACACUGCCGACUUCAAAACUUUGUGCAUUUUCCUCUAAAACAGAAACCACUCCUUUUUACAGGUUUCAGAGCUCCAAGUGCGAGCUACAGUGGAGGAAAAGGCAGUAUGGUGCAAAGCGGGUUGUUCCGUCAUCAACAGUGUGUGGCGGUGCCCACAAGGCCGCACUUGCCUCCCCAAAUACAUGUUCCCAUAUUAUGCAAAGUUGACGCAUGGGAAGGACCAUGUGUCAAAAGGGAGAAUGAUAGCAGCGGUAGCCAAGCAUUGGUUCACGAAGGGCUUCUGUAAUUAUUCUCAAAAUUUUUGUUUAAAGUGUUUAGUAUGUGCUACUCACAUUGUGGGUCGAUGUUUGAAGGUGGAACAGUAAUAGGACAGUAAGGGCUUCAGAGCACUCUCAUUAUUCUAUCCUGCUUUAUUCUAUCCUGUAUUAACCAUCUUUCUGUAAUAAACCUUUUUACCUUCAGAGGACGAGUCUA